AUGGCGGGAAUCGACCCCGAAACACACGUGGCAGAAAUCGAGGCCGCAGCGUCGCAUCCGCCGCUUCUGCCGCCGUUGAUCCCAUCCAUUACGACCGGCACAUCGUUCGCCAACGUCUGGGGUGCUCUGAACCGGUUUUCCAUCGACCAGGGGUUUGUGUUUGCGCUGUACCGCUCCAGAGGCAGCAACAAUGGCUCGGACCCGUUCGUGCGCAAAAUCAUGCGCUGUUGUCGGCCCGAUUGCACGUACAAGGUGGAUAUCCGCGACUAUGGAGGAGGCAGGGCUGAUUUGGUGUACGACUCCAGCAGCCGGAACGAACACAAUCACAAGACGGACGGCUCAGAUGUGACCGAGGGGGUUUCGGCACUCAUUGAUAAAGUAGAGAGAGGUCGACAAAAGAAAAACCCAGACUUCGAGGACGAAAACUUGCCUCCAGGCACUGUUCAAAACUCCAAGCUGCACCUGUGGAAAAUGAUCAACGACUGGGCAAAAAAGGACGGUUUUGUCUUCAGGUACAAGUCUAUAGGUGGCAAAAAGAAGAACAACAAGCAGUAUCUGCGCUUUGUUUGCUGCCGCUCCGGUGAAGAUGGCCAGGCUUGUGGAUACAACAUCAGUGUGACCAAACAUGGAGAUACCAACUGGACGGUCAAUCAGACCAGGAACUUGUCUGUCCACAAUCACAGCUUAUGUCCGAUUGACCAGUUAUCACGGGACCAACGGAAUCUGAUCUACGACAUUGAAAAACGCAUUCUACAGCUGGAUCCACAAUACUGCCCAGACUACUUGCCUGCUAAAAGGUCGUUUCGCCAUCGUGAGGAUCUUGAAAGGUAUCUCAACGACUUUAGUCUUAAUUACAAGUCUGAUGGAGUGCCAUUUUACUUUGGAUGGGUCAAAAAGGACACCAACACCAGCAAAUCGGGUGCUGAUUCUGGCGGAACUCCCACAGAGACCAUCACCUACGCUUGCAGUCGGUACAGAAAGCCCACCAAGCUUCGUCCCUGUGUUGGAACGGAGUGUCCCGUCAAGGUCAACGUUUACAAAGACGUUGACGGCGUUUGGCACCUGCGUCAUGCGCCCUAUCAAGACAAUGUCACCGGCCAUAAUCAUGCUCCAGCGGACUCCAAGUGGAGCGUGAUGGUUCAUCGGCGUCUUUCUUCCGAAGAACGACAGUACAUCAAGGAGUCUACUGAGCAGGGAAUGACCCCUACUCAGAUUGCACAAGUUCUGAAACAGCGAGGGAACGAAGCAAUCACAAACCGUCGAGUUUCGGGUCUGAUUUUCGAGAUGAAGCGAACGGCGGCCAGGAAGAAGCGGAAAUUGGACUCCAAAGACUUGAGGCAUGACGACAACGACGCCGAAAGACCCAACUACGUUGAGUAA